AGAGGGGUUGCCAUGGUAACCGGGGAUUGAGACUCAAGAGUUUGUGUGCCAAACGUUAGCUAACGUAAUUUCUUGCUUUGGCCAGUCUUGGUUGUGCUUUAAAACCCGUCUAUGUUUUAAGUAGCAGCUCGUAAAAAACAAAAACAAAACAAGGACAACACUUGAGGAAAAACAGAAAAUCCAGAGGAAAACCACAGUAACAGAGCAGCCAUGAAUGACACUGAGGCGAUUCAAGUGAGUUUUGCAGGUGAAAACUCUGAUGAGGAACCAACAAAAAUUUCCACAGAAGGUCAAGAUGAAGUAGGAAGAGGAGAGACUCAAAACAACUGCAUGAAGAGACUGCGAUCCAGUUGGCAAGCUAUUUUGAUAGUGGUUUUGAUGGUGCUUUUUUGUGUUGUGACGGCCCUCCUCUUCACCAAGAUAAAUAAAGAGCAAAGUCUGACAGCAGAAAUACAGCUCAUGAGAGAAGAGAUAUUCAUGGCAUGGAACAACACCAAGCAGCUGCAAAUAGAAAGGAAUGAGCUGAAGCAACUUCUGAGCUCAACUUAUCAAAACUGCACCUUCCUGGGAAAUGAGAACCACCAAGUGGCACUGCUGCUAAAUGCCACACUGUACAAACUCACCGCGCUGUCAGCUGAGAAAACACAGCUGAGCUUGCUCUCAAAGAAUACAUCGCACGAAAAAACACAGUUGCAAGUGGAGAGCAAAGAGCUGAUUGUGCUUCUAAAUUCAACCCUGCAAAACUGGAACCUUGUAGAAGAGGACACACAACUGAACGUGCUGCUGAACGAGUCGCUGCGCAUCAUCACCCUGGCAGCUACAGAAAAUAAACAGUUAAGCUUGCUGUUGGACAAUGACCAUCAAACCUCCAAGCAGCAGCAAACAGAAAACAAUGAGCUGAAGCAAAUUCUGAGCUCCACUUAUCAAAUGUGCACCCUCCUGGGAAAUGAGAACCACCGACUGAAGCUACUUCUAAAUGCCACAAUGUACGACCUCACCCUGCUGUCAGCUGAAAAAACACAGCUGAGCCUGCUCUCGAAGAAUACAUCGAAUGAAAAAACACAGUUGCAAGCAAAAUGUAAAGAACUGAAUGUGCUUCUGGAUUCAACCCUGCAAAAGUGGAACGUCGUAGAAGAGGAGAAAAAACAACUGAACGUGCUGCUGAACGACUCACUGCGCAACAUCACCCUGGCAUCUGCAGAAAAUAAACAGUUGAGCUUGCUGUUGGACAAUGAACAGCAAACCUCUAUGCAGCUGAAAGCAGACAAUCAACACCAGCGUUCAAUCCUUUUCUCUGACAAACUGACCUUCCUCUGGAAUUUCUGCGACAGGAACACACUGGAGUGCUCACGCUGCCUGCCUGGCUGGGUCGAGCACGCUUCACGCUGCUUCUUCUUGUCCAAUAAAACGAUGAAGUGGGAAGAAGCUCGCAGGGAGUGUAUAAAAAUCGGGGGUGACCUGGCUGUUGUUCUGAGUGAAGAUGACCAGGUGUUCUUGACCACCCUGACUUUUCAGUUCGCACAGCAGCAUCCUGAAGAAGAAUUCCAUUCGGCGUGGAUCGGGUUGCAGGACAUGGUGAAGGAGGGCACCCACCUCUGGGUCAAUGGCAAAACUCCCCACCCAGAUUUAAUUUACUGGAGGCCUCUGGAGCCAAACAACGCUAUGGCCUGGUGGGACAACAGCAUGGCAGGGCAGGACUGUGUUGUAAUUGUGCCGCCAAGCAGCACCACAGAGGAGAACUGGUUAAACUCCUGGGAUGACAUUAUUUGUGGUGGCGAACGGCACUACCUGUGUGAGACCACAGCUCUCGAUUUGUCCUGAGUGACACACAUGGCAUGUAGCAGUCUGUUUUUAGCCCAGAUCUGCUGGACUCUGCCUGCCCCCAGUAUGUGUUGUACAUAUGUAUGUAUUGUGCUAUACAAAGAAAGUGAAAUGUCAUUGUUGAUAGGGACAUGAAUGUCAUCUCAUUAGGUACUUAUUUUGGUUAAAUACCACAAAAAGUACCAAACUAAGGCUACUACAUGGCUCAACAAGUGACUUGCCUGCCAACAAUUUCAAAAAUGGGUAUAUUCCAGGCUCUUCUCCAUGGUGCUUCAGUAGUCUUAUAGUAGUACAGUACAAAAGCAUGACAGCUGUCAUGAGCGGCACAAGACAAACAGCUACCUUUCUCAGUUGUUUCACUUAAAUAAUGCUGCUAACGUGCUAAAAUUUGGCAGGAGCGCCGUUCCAGUGGUGGAAAGUACCUUAUUUAAAUAAAUGUUUUUAACGGUAUUUGUACUUCACUUAAGUAUUCACAUUUUAUGUUACUUUAUACUUAAACUCCACUACAUUUCA